AUGAAUCUGAUGCAGCCAUAUUUAUUCAAGGGUCAUGAGCUUUACAUGGAUAAUUAUUACAAUAGCGUGGCCUUAUCUGAUAGACUUUUAAACUGCAUGACACAUACAACAGGUACUUUAAGGAAAGAUAGAAAAGACAAUCCGAAAGAUGUUGUGAGCAAAGUACUUAAAAAAGAUGAACAUGUAUGGAUGAGAAAAGGAAAGGUGUAUGUUUCAGCCUGGAAAGAUAAACGAAUUGUGACUAUGAUCACAACACAACACCACCCUCGACUGGUCGUAACUCGGAAUAGAUUUGGCAAACAAUUGACAAAGCCUAAAGAGAUCGAAGUAUAUAAUAAAUAUAUGUCUGGUAUAGACAUUUCAGACCAGAUGCUGUCUUAUUAUUCGACUCCAAAAAAGACAGUACGGUGGUAUAAGAAAGUCUUUUUCCAUAUUUUUGAUAUGGCCUUAUGGAAUGCCUAUUAUACGUUUCGAAAACAUUGUAACGAUAAAGAAACGAUGCUCGGUUUCAGAGAACAUGUCAUUAGAUAUUUACUAGGUGUUGACAACUUAAAUUGCACUGAUCUCAUUACUUCUAAAAAACCGACAAACCCAAGAACAUCAGGGAACCCGAGAAUGUCCCUACCUACAAGUAAUCAGGACAGGGGCCAAGAAGGGACAACUUUGCAAGCGUUAAACCACUGGCCUGAACCAAUACCAAAAACAGAAAACUGUAAACGUAAUAAGGCUUUUUUAAAGUGCCGCUUAUGCUCUAAAAACAAAAUUAAAAAGGAAACUAGCUACCGGUGCAAGGGAUGCUCCAGUAAACCACCAUUAUGUCCUGGAUGUUUUGAGCAGUGGCAUUGCCAAAUAGAAAAUAUCGACUGA